UCCAGAGCGACCUGUGGAACAAACAUCAAACGGGAGUUCGUGCAGCGAUAAAUACACCUGCUUUAUUUCCUGAUCUCUCGCCAUCUUACCGUGUUAAACUUCAGCGGAUCUCCAGGAGCGUCUGAGCAGCCGUACCGCAGUGCCGCGCCCGAGCGCGAGGGGGCGCGCGCGAGUCCGCCGCGAGCUGAAUGACGCUCAGACACGCAGUAGAAGAAAAAACACAUCAGUCCCGAAUGUUUCCCGAGUUGCAGCAUCACAGAAAACAUCAAAGCUAAGAAAUAGGUCCGGUUUCUAAAACAGCAGACAUGAAACUGUACUGUCUGUCAGGUCAUCCCACUCUGCCAUGUAAUGUGCUCAAGUUUAAAUCCACCACCAUAAUGCUGGACUGUGGGCUGGACACAACAGCAGCCCUGUAUUUCCUUCCUCUGCCUCUGGUGCACAGUCCAAGAUUAUCCAAACUCCCAGGAUGGGUUUUCAAAGAUGGAGCCAUAAACUUGGAAAAAGAGUUGAAGGAAUGCUCUGGACGUGUGUUUGUGGACUCGCAGCCUGAAUUUUGCCUCCCUGAAAAAGAGCUGCUGGACCUUUCCACCAUAGACGUGAUCUUGAUCUCAAACUAUCACUGCAUGAUGGCUCUGCCGUAUAUCACCGAACACACAGGCUUCACCGGCACCGUAUACGCCACUGAACCCACGCUACAGAUCGGCAGGCUGCUGAUGGAGGAGUUGGUGACGUUCAUGGAGAGAGUACCAAAGGCUUAUGCUGCUACCUGCUGGAAGAACAAAGAAAUACAGCGGUUGCUCCCGGGGCCUCUGAAGGACGCUGUGGACGUCUGGAGCUGGAGGAAGUGUUACAGCAUGCAGGAAGUCAACUCUGCCCUCAGCAAAGUCCAGCUCGUGGGAUACUCUCAGAAAGUGGAGCUGUUCGGAGCAGUGCAGGUCACGCCGUUGAGUUCGGGAUAUUCUCUGGGCAGCUCAAACUGGAUCAUUCAGUCACAUUAUGAGAAAGUGUCUUAUGUGUCUGGUUCGUCUCUGCUCACCACACACCCUCAGCCCAUGGAGCAGAGCUCUCUGAAGAACAGCGACGUGCUCAUCCUGACAGGCCUGACCCAGAUCCCCACCGCCAACCCAGACGGCAUGCUGGGAGAGUUCUGCAGCAACCUGGCCAUGACCAUCCGAGCCGGCGGGAACGUGCUGGUGCCGUGUUACUCGUCCGGGGUCAUCUACGACCUGCUGGAGUGUCUGUAUCAGUUCAUGGACUCGGCUAACCUGGGCAGCACCCCGUUCUACUUCAUCUCUCCCGUGGCCAACAGCUCGCUGGAGUUCUCGCAGAUCUUCGCAGAAUGGUUGUGUCAGAACAAGCAGUCGAAGGUCUAUCUACCCGAGCCGCCUUUUCCUCACGCAGAGCUGAUACAGACCAAUAAACUGAAGCACUACCCCAGCAUCCACGGAGAUUUCAGCAGUGAGUUCCGGCAGCCGUGUGUGGUGUUCACCGGUCACCCUUCCCUGCGCUUCGGGGACGUGGUGCACUUCAUGGAGCUGUGGGGCAAAUCCAGCCUCAAUACCAUCAUCUUCACUGAGCCGGACUUCUCUUACCUGGACGCUCUGGCUCCGUACCAGCCGCUGGCCAUGAAGUGCGUUUACUGUCCCAUAGACACCCGGCUCAACUUCCACCAGGUGUCCAAACUCCUGAAGGACAUCCAGCCUCUUCAUGUGGUGUGUCCGGAGCCGUACACGCAGCCUCCUCCGUCUCAGCCUCACCGCUCAGACCUGAUGCUGGAGCUGCAGCCUCCGCCCAUGGCCUACCGCCGCUGCUCCGUCCUGGGACUUCCCUUCAGACGCAGAUACGAGCGCAUCCACCUGCUGCCCGAGCUCGCCAGGUCUCUGGUGCCGUCCGAGAUUAAAGCGGGCGUCUCUGUCGCUACAGUGUCUGCGGUUCUGCAGUCCAAGGACAACAAGCACGUUCUGCAGCCGGUGCCCAAGCCCACUCCAGUGCCGCCCAGUAAGAAGAGGAAGAGGGUGAUGGAGGAGCCACCGGAGGUCCUGAACCCCAAACCUCUGCUGAGCGGAGCGGUUCCUCUGGAGCCUUUCCUGGCCACGCUUCACAAGAACGGCAUCACAGAGGUGAAGGUGGAGGAGACGGCAGACGGACACAUUCUUCACCUGCAGACGGAGGACGUGCUCAUUCAGCUGGAGGAAGACGGCACACAUAUCAUCUGUGACAACAACGAGCCGCUGCGCACCGCGCUCAGAGACCUGGUGCUGCGCUUCCUGCAGAAACUCUGACCUCUGACCCCAGGGCUCACGACCGGCCCGGAAACCGUUAGGUGUUUAAUUGAGAUUUAGAGAGAGUUUUAUUUGUGUGUUUUAUAUCAUUGUAAAAUAACUUUGGAAAAGCUUUUGGAAUAAACCUUUUUUUUCUGUA